GAUUGGCUGCUGAGACGAGAGUUAUAGGUUUGAAUCCGCGUGCGAUAGAAGCUGGAUCAGGGCUGAAGCAAAGGAGGUUAGGUACAAGGCAGAAAUAAAUGGCUGCAGAAAUCAGGGUAAGACAGUAAGGAGCCGACUCUGACUUCCUCGGCACACGCUAGAGAAAUUUUAGCUGGUCUCUGUCUACAGUAUCUCUGCGUUGGCUCCUCGUCUUCAUUCAAACAGAAUGCAACCAGGUUCCGAAUCGGACGGUCGGAUUCGCUGUACGGUGGCAAUCGAACAUCUGGGUGCAGCAGCGUCAAACCGAGUACUUCUACGCGAUGCCUGGGUUACGCUGGGCCGGGACGAGUUCCAUGAACUGGUGUUGCAAGUGACCAGUACCUGCGGUCCAGGGCGCCCCCAGAACUUCCCACUGCCACGGGGUGAAGUGCGACUGUUCACACGCUUCGUGAAGGAUGGAAAGAGCUCGGUCCGGCUGGGUCCAAGUCCCAAUCAUGUGCAGCUGCUGCUCUCGAACUGUCCUCCAGAUCAGUUGCGUCGGUUCGUCCGGACUCUGCGCAUUAAGUUCGAAGCCGCCCGGGUGGGGAUCAGGCCUGUGGCUCAGCGAACGAGGCUUCUCUCUACCCUACCACGCACUUUCGACACGGUAAGCCCUGUGCAGGCUCGCGACUUGCAACAGGCGAGAGCCCGGCAAGCUCUGGCUGAUGUUGCAACCACUCCGCUGAAAGGCCAAACCCUACGUUGUGCGUCUCGGAAGCGUGUCCGAAGCGAAUCGAUGGAUGGGAAACAGGUGGCUGAAAGUCAGCAGGUGAAGAAGACUUGGUCGAUGAGCUCUCGAGCAACACUCUCCCAGGAACAGUCAAUGGUGCUGAACGCAGUGCUGAGUGGGAAGAAUGUCUUCUUCACAGGCAGUGCUGGGACUGGAAAAUCCUACCUGCUCAAAAGGAUUGUGGCCUCGCUGCCUCCAAACAGCACAUAUGCCACAGCUAGCACAGGGGUUGCAGCAUGUCAUAUUGGUGGCACUACACUCCAUGCUUUUGCAGGUAUUGGUUCGGGAAAGGCCCCCCUACAUCAGUGCAUUGAGCUGGCUCAGAGGCCUGGGAUUCGGCAGCAGUGGCUGAACUGCCGCCAUCUGAUCAUAGAUGAGAUCUCUAUGGUGGAGGGUGAAUUCUUUGAUAAACUGGAGGCAGUGGCUAGAGUUGUUAGGAAAUGUGAGGAUCCAUUUGGAGGAAUCCAACUCAUCAUAUGUGGAGACUUCUUGCAACUGCCUCCUGUCAGCAAAGCCAAUGAGCAACCCAUGUUCUGCUUCCAGGCAAAGAGCUGGCAGAAGUGUAUCCACCUGAACAUGGAGCUGACAGAGGUGCGGAGACAGACUGACAAUGCAUUCAUUUCUCUUCUGCAUGCUGUCCGCCUGGGCAGAUGCACAGAGGAGGUUACCCGACAGCUGACUCUAACAGCUACCCAUAAUGUGGAGAGAGAUGGAAUCUUGGCUACCCAGUUAUGCACCCACAAGGAUGAUGUGGAGCUCACAAAUGCCAGAAGGCUGCAGGAGUUACCUGGAGAAGAAAAGACCUACAAGGCAGUGGAUAGUGACCCUCUAUCGGUGAACACUCUUGAUUCACAGUGUCCUGUAAGCAGCAACAUUGAACUCAAGCAAGGUGCCCAAGUGAUGCUUACCAAGAAUCUCGAUGUGUCCCGGGGUCUUGUGAAUGGGGCUCGUGGAGUUGUGAUUGGAUUUGAAACAGAAGGAAAAGGGCUACCGAAAGUGAGGUUUCUGUGUGGUGCCACUAACGUUGUUGGGUUGGAACGAUGGGUUUUGAAGGGGCCAGCUGGAACUUAUGUGAGUCGGCAACAGCUCCCCCUGAAGCUUGCCUGGGCCAUUUCCAUCCACAAGAGUCAGGGUAUGUCUCUGGACUGUGUUGAGAUCUCCCUGGCUCGUGUUUUUGAAUUCGGCCAGGCUUACGUAGCACUUUCUCGAGCUCGUGGCCUUGCUGGUCUUCGUAUUCUGGAUUUUGAUCCCAAGGUGGUGAGAGCCAAUCCAUGUGUGUUGCAGUUCUACAGGCACUUAAGGAGAAAGCAGUUUCUAACCCAGGCUUCACUGCACUCCUGUAUUCAAGCUAAUAAAGAAAAUGGAGAAGCUACAUGAACUCUGUGCAUUGGGAGUCCUGGACAUCGUCUUACUGCUCCUUGUCCUUUUAUUAAAUCUACCCCACCAGCUGGGAAAACAACUUCCUCCACAGAGAAUCAGUAUAUGCGUUUUCUGUUCUAUAACACAGCAUGCUGGCUCCAGGAUUAUUCUGUUCUCUACCAAUAAAACAAAAUACCAGAAACAUUUUUUUUCAACAAUUAGACAACCCACUUGUCAUAUAAUCCAAGAGAUGGACAUAAAGGUCACAUUUCAAACCAAAAUCUGUAACUGGGAUGACAUUAAGAGUUUUGUGAUUUCUAUGGUAGAAUAUCUUUUUGUUACUAAGUUUGAUUCAAACAACAUCUGCAUUGACAGUAUUAUAACAUGUGGAAAGAGCUUGGCACUACUGGAUAAAGAAUACACUUGACACAAAUUGGUUACUACUAGUCAUUAGUAAAGACCUGUGUAAUUUUUAAAGUACGUACUUGCCUUAAAAAAGUGAAUUAAGAAGCACUGCUUGCUGUCUCAUUGCAGCACACCUGAGUCAGUUCACAAUGUUUGUAAGAACAUUCCAAGUGUUUGCAAAGAUGGCACACUAAUCUUCUAGAUUUACCUGUCACUUAGGUUCUUAAUAGUAGAAUAAAAUGAGUGAAAAGCAAGAUAA